CGGUGGCGAUGGCUUUCGAGGCGCUGGCGGAGGCUGCGGAGCGGUGGUGCGCCCGCACGCCCUUCCAGCUCAUCGCCGCCGAGGAGACGGAGCGCCGCAUGGACUUCUACGCCGAGCCCGGCGUCUCCUUCUACGUGCUGUGCCCGGAGGCUGCCUGCGGCGACAAUUUCCACGUCUGGAGUGAGAGUGAAGACUGCUUACCUUUUCUGCAGCUCGCGCAGGAUUACAUCUCUUCCUGCGGGAAAAAGACACUCCAUGAAAUACUGGAAAAAGUCUUCAAAUCCUUCAGACCUCUACUUGGGCUUCCAGAUGUUGAUGAUGAUGCGUUUGAAGAAUAUAAUGCAGAUAUGGAAGAAGAGGAACCAGAAGCGGAUCACCAACAAAUGGGUGUCAGUCAGCAGUAAUGUUCAGAGGAGCUGUAAAAUUGGGAAUCCCGUGGCACCUGGUGGGGUCAGAUAGUCCCACGUCAGCCUGUUCGAUUUUGCUCAUCACGUGGGAUAUCUGGCUCCCAGGAUACAAGUUUUAUGAAAUGUUUAUUUAAAAAAAUAAUAGCAAUCUGUGAUGGGCUUUGCUAAGAAGUGACCUGAAUUUUGCUCCUGCUUCAGUGGAGUUUUUAUGGAGUUGUCUUGGUAGUAUUCUGCCAUUACCGGUCUAGAAGUAGUUUUGUUGCUGACUGUCUCCUUGAUUUGUGUUUGAGAGUAAUGUUCACUGACAUGAAUGUAGGGUUGAUUUGAAUGUAGGGACUGCAGGGUCGGCGUGCUGAGCACUCCUGGCGUGUCAUCUCUCGGGGAAAUUGGUGCAGAGAGUAGAUGCAACCAGCACUUUUUAGUUCAACAGCUGUGGUUUGUGGCUCUCUACCAGACAGAGCACCAUAUUUUGAGAAGUUUCUCCUGAAAAACACUAGUUUAAUAGUGGUCAGUGCUGCAGGAAUGCACGUGGAGGCUCAGCUAAAAUGAUGGAGAGUGACAAGUCCAGGAGGUAUUUGUGUUGGACCUGUUAAUGUCAUUUUACUGACACCUGAGUUUACAAGUGAUUGGAUUCAUAAUCGGGAGCAAUUAGAGCUCUAGCAUUGACAGUACAUAUCAAAACAAACCUGGGUUCUCUCACACCACUUAACCCAAAGCCAAAUACUGUUUGUGUACUAAUUCAAUCAAUUACAGACAGCCAUUGCAUAUCCCACGUCUGCAUGAAAACCGACCGUAAGCUUCACUAUUUUGAAAACAUCGAUAAAUUACUGCACAAAUCUUGCAGUGUCGCCAACUGAAGUGCAACUUAACUUGGAAGCCAUAAGUCUAUAAACCAGCUUGUAACAUUAUGCUGGACCUUUUCCUCCCUCUGGGUCUUUGAGCUAAUCUGGGCAUUUCCACCUCUGACGAGGGGAGCUAAAACACUACCCAAGCAGGAGGCUCCUCGUAUCUUAUACCUACUUUGCAUGGGUUUAAGUGGCUCCAGUGAGUGCCAGACUGUGAAGAUGCAGGGUCUCCUUAUUUACAUGCCUUUUGUACUGAAAAUAUAAGAAACAGAGUGAUGCUGUUGUAAGACAUCUGUUUUCUGUGACUGAACGUAGCGUUUCUGAAUUUAUUCCUUUCUUCCAGUUUCUUUUUAAAUGGCAAAAUGAAGGUCACACACUUCGAAAGCCCUUUUAUACAGAAUUAGCUUUAUGAAAACAAAAAGUGAGCGAAGAAAAAAUGAUAGGACAAUUCCCAGAAACAGCUCACACCAUUUUGAAAACCCCGUUGGUAGCAACAUCUCCUUUUCCAUAGACUUUUAAAAGACUUUUAUUUUUCAAGAUUACUUAAGAGAGGAAGUUUUCUUGGGGAUUUACAUUUCUGAUGAUGGGUUCAGAGGUGCAGAGCACCUGAUUUUUUUCCAGCCUGAGGCAAAGACCUUCCAUAACCAGGACAGUGUGCGGUACCCGAUUACGUACAGGAAUGUCUGCAAUGCUUUCAAAGUUCAGGUUUAAGAAUAUAAAAAAGAACGGAAGAGAAACAGAUCUUAAUGAAACUUUGUACAUUCUUUUGGCAUGCAGGCAUAAACACGGUAGUUGCAACACAUUUUCUAUGGACUAGUGACGUGAGAACUGUGGCAGUUCAUUGUUUAACACUGUGCAGCAGCAAUAGGCUUUUUGCUUACAAUUAUAAAGUGUAAGAACAGUGGGUUCCAUCCCUGCUUUAGGUCCCUAAGUUUUUGUUCCUCCCCAUGAAAAAAGAUGUCAUAACCUUGCUUCAGGAGAAGCUGUCUCUUUGUAGCAUCCAUUGCUUUGGUUACGGCUCGUACAAAUGGAUCUUUUGGGGCUGGCUUCCCUCUGCUGCAGUGCCAAGCAAGAUGUAAUUUACAGUAGCACAAACUAUUGUUUGAAUUGUUAAUGAGCGGUUGAACAUUAAUAUGGAUGUAUGCAAACAUAAAGCUGUAAAUCAUGUAGAUACAUUAUUUUCUGCAUUCACUAACUCACUUUUUCUGGAAUGCCAUGUGCCAUUGGAGUGAUCUCUCCACCAGAGUGCAAGUGCUUGGUAGAUGGGGGCUGUUCUCUCCUGUUCUCUCUGGUGGGGGAUGUUCUCUGUUCUCUAAAGCUCUCACUACGGCCAGCAAGAUUGUAUUCAAACGCAACUCUGGAGGCUGCAUGAGGCUCAGCCCUGCAGAGAGCUGCACACCUGUGUCCCCCCUCAUGCUGCUGGGAGCAGAGCGUGCAGCCUCACUGCUGUACUGAAGCACUGCCAGGCAACACUAACAAUAAACUGGAAAUUUUAUACACAAGAAAACUUAAGUGACGUGUGUGUUAAAUGUGAAUGAGCAUUAAUAUAGAAUGUAUUUUAUCAAAAAAUGUUGAUUGCUUCCUUUGACCAAAUACAUUUCUGUAUGAUCAUGUUACGUGUUCCACACUUACCUAAUGCUUCAUCGUAUCACAAAGUA